AUGGCACGGCAGCUCAACUUGGACACAGUGUGGCAAAACUUCUGGAAGGAGGAAUAUCUAAGGGAAAAGAUGUUGCGCUGUGAAUGGUACCGCAAGUAUGGGUUAUUGGUGAGGGCCAAGCAGAAGGCUAAGGCUGCAGCCCGCCUGCCCCUCAAACUGCCCACCCUGACACCCAAGGCCCGAGUCUCACCGCCACCUGUCCCCAAAGCAGUCCCUGCCAAGCCCCCUAGCCCUGUCUCUGAGGCUCCUUUUCAGACAGAAAUGUACCCAGUACUGCCUGCAACUCGGGCUCUGCUGUAUGAAGGCAUCUCCCAUGACUCCCAGGGGCGCUAUCACUACCUCAACACCCGAAAACUGGACGUGCCAGAGAAGCGCUAUCUCUUCCCGGUCACCACCAACUUCACAUAUGGCUGGCAGCUGGGUACCCCAGCAAAGCAAGAACUGGUCUCAUGCAAGAUGUGCCACAUAGAGUCGUUCUUCCGGAAGAAUGGGGCCUUUUCAAUGCUGGAUCCCCGGGAUCUGGCCCUCUGACCUUUGGCCUGUGGGAGGCACAAAAAAAUAACAGGCCUCCUGGUAGGGCGAAGCUGCGUUGUGUUUCUGGUCUGCUCUCCCUGGCCCUGAAGCUGCGUUCUAGGCCUUUCUGACCUGGCGGUAGACGUCUUUGCCUUUUCCUUAACUCCUAUCUCCUUAAUUAUCCCUUCAGAGACCCAGCAAUGCCCAGAGCCCAUCGGGAAGUGUGGGCGCUAUUCACCAGGUGCAGGCUUCUCAGCGCCAGGGGGCCACAGUAGCUCCUGGAAGUUCCGGGUAUUCCUGGGGAGGCAGUGGUCUGUCAUCCAGAUGUCAGGGAAAAGGGACUGCUAUCACUCCCCACAAAGCUCCCUGCCCGCCCCUCACCUGGCCCUGAGCGCCCGCAGCCACCGGGUCCUUUCCAGGUGCACUUGUUCUAGCUGCUUCUGCAGGGCGCUCCACCGCCCGGCCACGUCCUCCUAGGUAGGCAGAUGGCUGAGCCGGCGUCACUGGCCAGGGUAGCAACUGCAUCACACACCCGCCCCGCCCCGCCCCGCCCCUCCCGGGGCCAGGUCCGGAGGGACCCCCGCCUUCACCCCGGGCUCUUCUUGCCUGU